UUUUUUUUUUUUUUUAUUAUUAUUAUUAUUUUUUAUUAUUUUUUUAAAAAAAAAAAAAUGUAGUGCGUUGAUGGAGGUUCUUGUUUAUUACAAAGUCUAUAGUUACCAAAUUAUGCAACUGCGGAAAGAAAUGUUAAAGAGUGGUCAAUUCAAGACAGCAAAGACAGCAACAAGCAAAGAUGAGAAUGGUACGCCUACAACAGUUGCAAUUCCACAGGAGAUGGCCAGUCGGAUGCUUCAGAACGUGGAAGACUGGGCUCAUAUUCAGAAGCGAAUGGAUGAUUGUCAGAAGUGGUUGACACCCGAUAUUGCGCGGGAACAGUUUCCCGAGACAUUCGGCAAAUGGUGUAUUCAUCCAGACCAAAUUGGACAGGCAGGACCAGAUUUUGAUCCAUAUGUGCCUGGAACCACUUUCCAAAAGAUUCAUUGGCCUCUUGGACUGCACUUACAUCUGCAUGAGUUGAUGGGAUUUGUGGGGUCAGCAUUGAGUGAAUACCAGAGACUCAAUAGACUGCAGCACCCUGGUAACGGCAAUGGUAAAAAUGGUAGCAACAGUAGUGGUAAUAGUGGUGGCGGCAGUGAUGGCAAUGGUGGUGAUAGUCAGCGUAACAAGUAGUUUAUUAUUAUUAUUAUUUUUUAUCAUCGGCAUUCUCAUGUUUAAAGUUGUCUCUUUUUUUUUUUUUUUUUUUUUUUUUCUUUUUUUCUUUUUUUUUUAAUAUCCUCCGCCCCUUGUAUUUCUAGGCAUUGCUCCAUUUCUAUUUUCUUUUCA